AUGCACAGUAGAAAGAAGAAAAUCAAACGUCACGACGUCGUGUACGACAAUUUGGAAAGGGAUGCUAUUCCUAAGAGAGGGUAUUAUUCCGAGCUGGUUUCCAAUAUGACAAAGGAGGAUGAAUCCAAGCUAGUUUUUGCUAAGAAACGUAUGAAGCUUUUAUUACAGGCCAAAACUGACAAGCUUGCUCCAAUGCUGCUGUCUCUACCAAGGCCUCAGAAGCCCAAAGUGUUACUACCACCGGGGAGAUGGACUACGUACAGUGAAGAUGACAGUAUCCAAUUCCCAUUUGAAACAUUCGUGCCGAAGCUACAGUUUCUGAGUGUGGUCAUGCCCAAAGAACUGCCAAGACUAGUCAAGAUCGAAAGGCUUCGAAGAAAGUUUUUAGCUGCUAAUAUCAAGAAAAUGCUACGGGAACGCGAGAUCCAACCCUACUUGUUAAUACCACCUGCUGAGUACCCAUUGACUGAUGAAGAAUACUACAGUCUAUACAGCGUCUUCCCGAAGAUGGAUUUGGAGCCGUUUGACAACACUGAUUAUGACUGCAGAAUCCCAGAAGAAUGGUUAAGCCUGGGUUACAUAGACGGCGAGCAACACCCGUGUCCAGCGCUGGCGUUUAUACCCAGACUAGAAGGGAAGGCGAUCAAACCUUAUUCGGAUAUGAUACAGAUGAUCAACAAUAUGUAUGAGUGGACAAACGUAGCUGUAUUCAAUUACGACAAGGAAACGGAUAAAUGGGAAACUAUGACUUUAGACGGCUCGAAACGACGUUUCAAAAUUCCACGUAUUCGUUUGAUGUUCAAGGCCGAUGACCCUGAAACAUAUGUCGAGCGCGUAAAGUUUGCGAUUAACUUGCGUCAAGAAGUGGAGAAUAAUUUUAGAUUCUACUUAUAUUUGGAUUGCCUGAUCCUCGACGCGCUGCCCAGAAUGCCGUUACACUUCAUGCCGGCCAUAUUGAAUAUGGUUUUGAUUCACAAACAAGCUUUAGAAGUAGCCCAGGACCAGUUACAAGGUCUCAAACAAGAGGUGGAGAAUAACUACAGGAAAAUAGAAGGGAAAAUGAAAAUAAUAUCUACAAUUCUGAAGCACUCCAAUCUGUAUAACUUCAUUAAUCCACCCUCUCCAGACUACGUGCCUCCUGUACCUGAUUAUGGUCGCUAUCCAUGUGACAUGGAAGACUUCGCCGGCAGACUGAAACAUAACCAGUGGUACUCUCUCUACGUGCUGAUGGAAUCUGUGACGUGUAUACAUAUGGUUGUGGAGGAAUGUCUUAAGGUGGAGUCCAUGCUGUUCUUUACGGCCAACUACGGCAGAAAUGUCAGCCUUGCUGAGUUCGACGCAGCGCAGCAACACUGUACAACUAUGAUGCUUAAAUACCUGAACAUAACGUGGUUGAAUAAUACAGCGCAUGCGAUACGAAUGUCUUACAGAGACGUCGGCAAAGGAUGGUUUAACAUUUAUGAGAGGAGCUGGGACUUUUACGGUAUCAGUAAGCUGUGCCGGUUUAUGCAACUCGUUAGGUUCCGAAUGCAGUACGCCCUACGCUACUGCAUAGAACAGUCAAUGGCAAUGUUCGUCGCUCUGACCGAGACCCCCUGCCUCUGUACAUAUGUCUGCGAUGAUGACUUCAAGUGGGACUCCAGAGACCUCAUAAACACCCCCUUUCGCUCGUCCACCAUCACCCUGUUCUACUUCUCUCUGAUGAUGUCUGCCGAUGGACCGUAUUAUACCACCAGUCCGGAGCAAUUUGAGAUAGUGAUCCAGCGACUGUUCCGGGAAAUGCUGUACCGAUGUCAUUUCAUUCCGCAAGUCCAUCCGAAGAUCAUGACCGGACUCGUGUUUGAUAGGGAGUUGUUCUUAACAUCCAUUGGUCUCAUGGAACCGAAUGUAGUAGACUACAGAGAAAGAUUACUAAAGGCAUACAGAAAAGCAAUAAUACCACUAAUAGCGUACAUGCACGAAUACGAUUGCUAUAAAGAUAUAUUUGUACUGGAUAUCGAGGAAUACGUUGAGGCAUUUCGUCAAGAGAAACACUCUGCAAGCGAAACGCGGGAAGAGAUCCAAAUACAUUACGACGAAAAACAAGAUUUAAUUUGGCGUCUCCCGCAGUAUAUCAACAUUGGACCGUUUGCACUUAAUGUUGACACUUUAAAACAAAUAUUAGUGACGAAACGAACAGAAAUAAUGAAGGCACUGCUAACAAUGUGGUCUGAAGAGAUCCGCUUGGUGGUGGAUGACGUACUGCAAGCCUACAAGAACAUCAUGAGGAAACUAGGAGAGAAGCCCAACUCCAUAGAACACGUGUUCGAGAUCAGGGAAUGGAUGGAAUCUAUACCGUUUGCUUUGAAGACCCAAGAAGAUAUUAUGAAAAAAGUUCAUACUGAUUAUGAAGUACUGGACGGUUUCUAUUUUCCUCUGGAAAAUGAAGAUUUCAAAGCACUGUGGGAAGCUAUAGGAUGGCCCUUGAAUAUUACGAAACAGGUUGUGGUUACAACAGAUUUCUUAGAAGAGGAACAAGAGAAGUUCUGGAAGCUUCACUUGCAAGACGAGCAGACACUGUACGAUAAGAUAGACAUGUUCACAGCUCAGUGUAUGGCGCUCACGUUGCAAAGCGAUUUCGGAAGGGUACAUGAAAUAGCCAACGACAUCAAGAAAGCCUGGAAAGGCAUGAAAGAUUCCCAAGACUGGGGCCGUAUACUCAACCAGAGGCAGAAACUGUUUGGUCAACCGGUAGUGCCAUUUGCAGAUCUUAACAGAUUGGUUAAAGAGUUUGAGCCAUACAGAAAUUUGUGGGUUACAGCGUCAGACUUCCUCAAAUCCAAAGAGGUGUGGUUUGACAACCCGCUAAUGUACGUAGACGCUGACACCAUAGAGCCUUCCGUCAAUGAGUAUUACAAGACCAUCAUCAAGUGUAUACGAACUUUUGCUGAUUUGCCGAAAGUGCAACAUGUUGCGCUUAACAUUCGGGAUGAUAUGGAUGAAUUCAGACCAUUGAUACCAGUAAUACAAGCUGUAAGAAAUCCAGGAAUGAAAGAACGACAUUGGAAUGAAUUUAUGGAAAAAGCUGGAAUAACUGUAACGAUGAACGAUAAACAGACGUUUUCGAUGUGCCUGAAGCAAGGGGUCGACCAGCACGCCGAACUUAUUGCCGAGAUCGGAGAGCUGGCGAGCAAAGAGUACGUCAUUGAACAGUCUUUGGACAAGAUGCUCAACGAUUGGGCGGCUAGAAUCAUGGAAGUGACUCCAUAUAAGAAUACUGGAACUUUCAUAAUGAAGAUACCUGAUGACACACUUCAGCUGUUAGACGAACAUUUCCUCACCACCCAACAACUUGGCUUUAGUCCGUUUAAAGCGGCCUUCGAGCUUCGCAUUCAGGAGUGGGAUGAUAAGAUACGUCUCACCCAAAAAGUUGUGGAAGAAUGGAUGGAAUGUCAGAAGGAAUGGAUGUAUUUGGAGCCCAUCUUCAUGUCCGAGGAUAUAUCACGACAACUGCCAAUGGAGGCUAAAAAGUAUGGGACCAUGGAAAGGAUCUGGCGAAGGAUCAUGUCUGCUGCCCAAGCAUGUCCAAAGAUAAUGGUCAUAUGUCCAGAUAGCAGACUCCUUGACAGUAUAGUGGAAGCUCGACAUCUCUUGGCGGUGGUGUCGCGUGGUCUGAACGAAUACAUGGAACUGAAGCGACUCCGGUUCCCUCGAUUCUUCUUCCUCAGUGAUGAUGAGCUGUUGGAGAUAUUGUCACAAUCGCGCAAUCCUAGAGCGGUGCAACCUCAUCUUAGGAAAUGCUUUGAGAAUAUUGCUAAGGUCACUUUUGGACCGGACUUGAAGAUAAGUCAAAUGCAUUCCAGCGAGGGUGAGAUUGUAGACCUAAAAUACAAGUUUUACCCGUCAUCGAACGUGGAGCAAUGGCUUUUGCUGCUAGAAGACACUAUGAGACACACCAUUCGUCUCACCCUAGUGGCAGCAAUGGACGAGAUCUAUACAAUGCGGCGAGCUGAGUGGGUGCUCCGCUGGCCCGGCCAGGUCGUGAUAGCCGGCUCGCAGACAGCCUGGACUGCGGGAGUGGAACAAGCUAUAGCCGACUAUCAGAUGGAUGUGUUCUUUGAAGAGAAUUUGCAACAGUUGGACAGUCUACGAGCUUUGGUGAAAGGAGAGCUAACUUACUUCCAACGUGAGGUGCUGUGUGCUCUGAUCGUGAUCGAAGUGCAUGCCAGAGACGUAACGAGGACGCUGGUUGAUGAAAAUGUCAAGAACGUGUCAGACUUUCAGUGGAUCUGUCAAUUGAGAUAUUAUCAAAUAGUAAAGGACAUGAUACCCCUGGAACCGGACGAGGUGCCCGAGAUAUACCAGGACGAGAAUCGACUGGACACGUCCAUGUAUUACCGACGGUUCAGUCAAAAUUACUGCAAUGUCCGCGCCCUGAACUCUGUAUUUGUUUACCAGUGCGAAUAUUUGGGAAACAGCGGUCGACUUGUAAUUACACCAUUGACUGACCGUUGUUACUUGACCCUCAUGUGUGCAAUGCACCUAAAGUUUGGCGGCGCACCGGCCGGUCCCGCUGGCACUGGCAAGACCGAGACAACGAAGGACUUGGCAAAGGCCCUGGCAGUGCAAUGCGUUGUGUUCAACUGUUCAGACCAACUCGACUUUAUGGCUAUGGGAAAGUUCUUCAAAGGACUCGCGGCAUCCGGAGCGUGGGCUUGCUUCGACGAGUUCAACAGAAUUGAUAUUGAAGUGUUGUCAGUGGUGGCUCAACAGGUUGUAACCAUCCAGAAGGCGCAAAUAGCUCGCCAAGAAAAGUUCAUGUUUGAAGGCGUGGAACUGCCUUUGAAAGCAUCUUGCUCCGUUUUUAUCACCAUGAACCCUGGUUAUGCAGGACGCACGGAAUUGCCAGACAAUUUGAAAGCUCUUUUCCGUCCGAUCGCCAUGAUGGUGCCGGAUUAUGCUUUGAUAGCAGAAAUAUCACUGUUCUCUUAUGGAUUCUUCGAAGCCAAGAUUCUUGCUGGGAAGAUAACAACUACUUUCAGACUAAGCUCGGAACAGCUUUCGUCUCAGGAACAUUACGACUUCGGAAUGCGUGCGGUUAAGACAGUUAUCCUAGUGGCUGGUAAUUUGAUCCGUCAAAUGCCAGACGGUGACGAGCGACAGAUUGUCCUUCGUGCCUUGCGUGACGUUAACGUGCCGAAGUUUUUGGCAGACGACCUUGUUCUUUUUAACGGUAUAAUAUCAGAUUUAUUUCCACGUGUUGAGAUCCCGGUGGUUGACUACGGCAUCAUGGAGCAGUCCAUCAGGAAUAUGCUCGCCAAAAGAGGCUACGACGAUUUGUACACAUUUAUAUUUAAGAUAAUCCAGUUGUACGAGACAACAGUUGUGCGACACGGUCUCAUGUUGGUGGGACCGGCUGGAGUCGGUAAAACAAAGUGCUACGAAAUUCUCCGAGACGCCCUGACAGCUAUCAAGGGGAAGUUAGCACCCGAUGGGUUCCCCUUCACCCCGGUGCACACGGACGUUGUCAACCCCAAGUCAAUCACCAUGGGCCAGCUUUAUGGAGAAUUUGAUUUGAACACUCAUGAAUGGACUGAUGGCAUACUAUCGAGUUUGGUGCGAGCUGGUAUAGCUGUGGAGGACAUGGACAAGCGGUGGUACGUUUUCGACGGACCUGUGGACGCAGUUUGGAUUGAAAACAUGAACACUGUGUUAGAUGACAACAAGAAGCUUUGCCUAUCAAGCGGUGAGAUUAUGAAGCUGACUGAACGCCAGCGUAUGAUCUUCGAGGUGGCGGACUUAGCGGUAGCGUCGCCCGCCACGGUGUCGCGAUGUGGCAUGGUGUAUCUCGACACGCAGGUGGUCGGUCUACCGCCGCUAGUUAACGCUUGGAUGAAGAGUAACCUACCACCGAUUGCGGAUAACAUACGCAAGAUACUCCCAGGGCUUAUCACGACUUAUCUGUAUCCUUCGUUGCAACUGUUGCGGUCAAGUUGCACCGAGAUCGUCACUUCGAUAGACUCGGCUCUUGUACUGAAAUUUCUGGAGCUCCUGGACUAUAGACUGAGACCGCUCACGGGGAAGGACGACAGACCGCCGCCGGGAGCACCUUUUCUGGCUAUGAUGCCGAAACUUGCACCGUGCUGGGUCAUUUGGGCGGUGAUUUGGUCGGUGGGCGCCACUUGCGACCACAAUGGUCGAGCCAAGUUCUCGGAUUUCUUAAGGAACCUCAUGAAUGAAAGUGGAAUGAAGCCACUGUUUCCCAAAGAAGGGAGAGUUUAUGAUUACACGCUACACGAUGGUGGAUUUACCGAUCUAACAGAGGACGGUGAGCCGGCUAACCCAUAUUGGUAUAACUGGAUGGACAACCUUGACGAGUAUGAGGUGGAUCCUGAGUGGCAAUAUGCAGACAUCGAAGUACCAACACUGGACAACGUACGAAGCGCAGCCAUCCUAGGCUACAAGAUCACCAACUACAACCACGUGAUAUGCGUCGGACCCACGGGCACUGGGAAGACUGUCACCAUCUCCUCGAAGCUGUCGCGAGGGUUGCACAAGAAGUUUAUUUGCGAGUUCCUUGUCUUCUCUGCUAGAACUUCUGCUAAUCAAACUCAGGAUGUGAUAGACAGCAAAUUGGAGAGACGUAGACGCGGAGUGUUCGGUCCGCCGCCAACCAAACGGCAAGUGUUCUUCAUUGAUGACCUCAACAUGCCGGCACUAGAGGUGUACGGCGCACAGCCGCCAAUCGAACUGUUGCGGCAAUUCAUGGACUUUUCCGGUUGGUACGACCGGACAAACAUCGGCGAGUUUAAAAUGCUCAUAGACGUCGGUAUGGUGGCAGCCAUGGGUCCGCCGGGCGGUGGACGGAACCCGGUGACUAUGCGCCUCAUGCGGCAUUUCCAUUAUAUAUCAUUCACGGAAAUGGAAUACAAUAGUAAGUACGGAAUCUUCAACACAAUAUUAAAAUCUUGGACACGCAACUUCCAUGCCGAUGUCACCGUACGCGAGAACGCAUUCCUCAAGAGUUCUAUCGAAGUUUUCAACUCUCUGGUGGAAGAACUCCUGCCGACGCCUACCAAAUCGCAUUAUACCUUCAACCUGCGAGACUUGAGCAAAGUCUUUCAGGGCAUGUUGAUGGUCGAUCCAUCGUUUAUCAAGGACGAGGAUGAUGUGAUAAGGCUGUGGUAUCACGAACACCAACGUGUUUAUCAGGACAGAUUGGUUAACGCGGAGGACCGAAAGUGGUUUGUUACUCUGCUUAAUAAGAAGAUUCAGACAGAGUUUAAGAAGAAAUCGAUUGACGUGAUCGGUGGUAGACUGAUGCUGUUUGGUGACUUCAUGGACAUCGGUGCCGAUGAUAAGAAAUACAUAGAAAUUACUGAUCAGACGGAGUUGGAUGAAGUUCUAUCACACUACUUGAACGAGUACAACUUAUCUACCACAGCACCAUUAGAUCUGGUCCUAUUCGAAGACGCAGUAGCACAUUUGUGUCGCCUUUCGCGGAUUAUGAGACAACCCAUGGCAAACGCUCUGCUGCUUGGUAUGGGAGGGUCAGGUCGACAAUCGCUAUCACGGUUGGCAGCCAAUAUGGCCGAACUGCAGUGCAUGCAGAUUGAAAUCACGAAGGCAUAUGGACAGGCAGAGUGGAGGGAUGAUCUCAAGAAGACCAUGAUGAAGGCAGGCGCUGAGAAUCGUGGCAUUGUGUUUUUGUUCUCUGAUGCUCAGAUAAAAAUGGAAUCGUUCCUCGAAGAUCUGAACAACAUUCUAAGUUCAGGAGACGUUCCAAACAUAUACGAAGCUGAAGAUUUGGACGGCAUCUACAUGUCGGUCAGACACGCUGUGAUGGAGAUGAACUUGCCUGCCACGAAGGCGAACCUUUUUGCAUGCUACCAGAGACGCGUGAGGAGCAAUCUGCAUAUGGUUGUAGUUAUGAGUCCCGUAGGAGAGAUUUUUAGAGCUCGUCUACGUCAAUUCCCUUCACUUGUCAAUUGUUGUACGAUUGACUGGUUCAGUGAGUGGCCCAAGUCUGCCCUGGAGUCAGUCGCGAGACAUUUCUUUACCAACAUGCCUGAGUUAAGGACCACUGAUGAAGUUAUUGAAUCUUUAGUUUCUGUAUGCUGUUUCGCUCAUCAAAGCGUUGUGGAUGCGAGCACUAAGUUCCUCGCCCAACUUAAUCGCCUUAACUACGUCACCCCUAUGUCGUAUAUGGAAAUGCUGGGAGCUUACGCCGAGAUGUUCAAAAACAAACAAAAAUCUAUACUGACGGAGUCGAAUGCUCUUAAAACUGGUCUAAACAAACUGAACCAAACUGAAGUAGAAGUGAAACAACUGCAAAUUGAAUUGGCUGAACUAAAGCCGUUAAUGGUAAAGGCAGCAGAUGAAACAGCAAAAGUUAUUGAGCAAAUUGCUAUUGAUACUGAAAUAGCCGAAGACGCAAGAAUCAAAGUAGAAAAAGAACAAGGUAUAGCGGAACUGAUGGCCAAGGAAACGACGGCAAUGGCUGAGGAUGCACAAAGAGAUUUAGAUGAAGCAAUGCCAGCGCUGCGUGCAGCAGAGAAAGCUUUACAAGAACUGAACCGUAAUGACGUGGUAGAAGUGAAAGCUAUGAAGAAACCACCUGCUGGAGUCUUGCUUGUUAUAGAAUCUUUAUGUGUGGUUUUCGAUAUUAAGCCCAUCAAGGAGCAAGGACCAGGAUUAGGCCAAAAAAUCUUGAACUAUUGGAAGCCAGGCUCUCAAAUGUUGGCUGAUCCCACCGCAUUUUUGGAUUCCCUCAUGAAAUACGACAAGGAAUCCAUCACUGAAGAUAUGAUCAAGAAACUGAAGAAGUAUAUCAACGACCCUAACUAUGACCCUGCGAAAAUUUUGAAGGUUUCUAAAGCAUGCAUGUCCUUAUGCAUGUGGGUGCAUGCCAUGUACAAAUUUUAUCACGUGAAUAAAGCAGUUGCACCUAAAAAGGAAGCCCUUGAACGAGCUACGAAAGAGUUAGCUGCCGUUGAAGCUAUGUUGGCAAACGCUAAAGCGAAAAUGCAAGCACUCCUCGAAGGCAUUGCAAAGUUGAACGCUUAUCUCCAAGAAAAAGAAGAUGAGAAGAGAAAAAUGGAGGAAGACAUUAAUCAGUGUUUGGCAAGAAUGGAUCGAGCUAAUAGAUUGCUCAAUGGACUAUCAAGCGAGCGCGUCCGAUGGAUUCGAACGAUCAAAGAUUUAGAUAUAGCUCAAGUUAAUCUUAUUGGAGACAUCAUGUUAAGUGCUUGCGCUGUAGGAUAUGUGACACCGUUUACUGACGAAUUCCGAAGAGAGCUGCUAGAUCAGUGGAUGAACCAUAUAGUGAAAGUAGAAGUACCACAUACUGAAGGUGGGACGCCACUCACUAUCCUUGGUGAUCCAGUUGUUAUAAGAAACUGGCAAAUGUACGGUCUACCACGUGACCCAUUGUCAGUGGAGUCUGCAGUGCUGAUGUCAAAUUCAAGACGAUGGCCUUUGAUCAUUGACCCUCAGACUCAGGCCAACAAAUGGAUUCGAGCAAUGGGUAAAAUCGAAGGAUUAGUUGUUUGCAAGCCAAACGAUAGAGAUCUCUUAAGGAAUUUCGAAUCCGCAUUACGAUUUGGUAAACCAGUUUUAUUGGAAAACGUCGGACAAGAGCUUGACCCAGCAUUGGAUCCAGUGCUCAAGCGACAAUACUUCCGUCAAGCUGGGCAGUUGGUACUAAAGUUGGGUGAUUCAUUGAUCCCAUUCACGAAAGGGUUUCGACUUUACAUAACAACGAAACUGCCGAACCCAAAAUAUACACCAGAAACGUCAGUCAAAGUGCAGAUUGUAAAUUUUGCGCUAGUGCCAAGUGGUCUUGCUGAACAGUUACUAUCAAUAGUAGUCGCACAAGAAAGACCCGAUCUAGAAGAGUUGCGUGGCCAACUCAUAGUAUCGCGAGCUCAGUUAGCAACACAGCUGGCUGAGAUGCAAGCCGAUAUUCUAUAUGGUCUUUCCAAUUCCGAGGGCUCUCCGGUAGAUGACUUGCCUCUAAUUCUUACCCUUGAAGCUAUUAAAAUUAAGAGCGCUGAAAUUUUGAUAAAAGUAGAAGAUAUCGAGCGUACGUCAGCAGAGAUAGAUGAGGCUCGUCAAGGAUAUGUGCCGGUAGCCAACCGCGGUCAGAUAUUGUUCUUCUGUCUGUCCGGUAUGGCUACCGUGGAUCCCAUGUACCAAUACUCCCUGGAAUGGUUCGUCAAACUAUUUGUCAGGAGCAUGGCGGAGACAGAACCUAAUGAAGAUAUAUUUGAACGCGUGGAGACAAUUAUUGAACAUUUCACAUUUCUUCUAUAUCAAAAUGUGUGUAGAAGUCUUUUUGAGAGGCACAAGCUCCUAUUUGCGUUUCUUCUGUGCGCUAGAAUUUUACUAGACAGGGGAGUUAUAAGGCAUCAGGAGUUUAAUUUCUUGUUGAAUGGAGGCAAAAUCGAAGAGGAGUUGGAAAACCCUGAACCCAAAUGGGUUUCGCCCCGAAUGUGGCAAGAUAUGCAGGAGCUUGCAUCGCUGCAUACCAUGCAUGACUUCGUCAUAGAUUUUCCAAACCAAAUCAAAUUCUUCAAGUCCUUUUACGACGCUUGGAAUCCUCACAAAUUACCAUACCCAAAACCGUUAGAUUCACAAUUGGAUACCUUUCAAAAGUUGCUCGUUCUAAAAUGUCUUCGCCCUGACAAACUUAUUCCUGGACUUCAGGAUUACGUAGUGUCUGGUUUAGGAGCAAGGUUCGUGGAGCCACAGCCAGCUGAUUUAGCUGCAUUAUAUGCGGAGUCUGAUCCUUUGGCUCCUAUCAUUUUUGUUCUGUCGACUGGUACCGAUCCUGCUGCAGAUUUAUUAAAAUUUGCUGACAAAAUGAAGAUGGGCAAGAGAUUUGAAAGUAUUUCCUUGGGUCAGGGGCAAGGCCCACUAGCAGAAGCAAUGAUGAGGGUUGGUUGCGAUUUUGGCAACUGGGUCUUUUUCCAGAAUUGUCAUCUAUCGCCAUCUUGGAUGCCAGUGUUGGAGCUAAACGUAGAGCACAUUGCACCGGAACUGGUGCAUAAGGAUUUCCGCCUCUGGUUAACAUCUACGCCUUCGCCGUUUUUCCCAGUUGCGCUCUUACAGAAUGGGUACAAAAUGACAGUGGAACCACCGAGAGGUAUCAAGGCUAACUUACUGAAGGCUUAUAUAAAUCAAGUGCCAGAUUUCUUGGAUUAUUUUAACUCUUCGGACAACAAAGUUCCUAAUUUCAAGUGGCUACUCUUCUCUCUGUGUCUAUUCCACGGUGUCGUACUGGAGCGACGUAAGUUUGGUCCGCUGGGCUUCAACAUUCCCUACGAGUUUACCGACGGUGAUCUCCGCAUAUGCAUCUCCCAACUGCACAUGUUCCUCACAGAAUACACUGAAGUACCUUUGAGAAUGCUGACAUAUACAGCGGGUCACAUCAACUACGGAGGGCGUGUGACUGACGAUUGGGACCGGCGUUGCUUGUUAUGUUUGUUGUCUGACUACUACAACACCGCUGUGCUUACUGAGCGGUGCAUCUUCGACGAGAGCGGCGCUUACAAGCAGCUACCGUCGCCGUCAACAAUCGACGAUUACACGAAAUACAUUCGCACUCUGCCGCUAAACGACGAUCCGUCUCUAUUCGGACUUCAUAGCAACGCUAACAUCAGUUACGCUACGUCGGAGACAAGGACUUGUAUUAGUAUUCUCAGCAACCUGCAACCCAAGGAAGUAAGCGGCGAAGGUGGACUGUCAGCUGAGGAGAUGACCGAGCUGGCUGCCAAGGAUAUACUCAGUGUGAUGCCGCCUAUGCUGGAUCAGAAGAUGAUUGCUGCUACAUAUCCUGUAUCGUACAAAGAGUCGCUGAACACCGUGCUUAUACAAGAAGCAAUCAGAUACAACAAGCUGCUCGCUGUCAUCAGCACGUCUCUACGGGACCUCCUGAAGGCGCUGAAGGGUCUGGUGGUGAUGUCCGAAGCGCUGGAGAGCAUGUCCAACAGCCUGGCGCGUAACGCUGUGCCCACCAUGUGGAGCGCGCGGGCUUACCCUUCGCUCAAACCACUCGCGGCCUGGGUCAAAGAUCUAUGCUUGAGGGUCCAGUUCAUGCAGCACUGGGCGGACGGAGGGAUCCCAAAGGUGUUCUGGAUAUCCGGGUUCUACUUCCCACAAGCAUUCUUGACUGGCGCGUUGCAGAACUACGCAAGGAAACAUGUUAUAGCCAUUGACACCGUGUCUUAUGCUUUUGAGGCACUUCAAGGUCCCCCCCAGAAGAAGCCAGACGACGGGUGCUGUGUGAGCGGAUUGUACCUUGAAGGAGCUCGGUGGAACACCGCCGAAAUGGCACUGGAAGAGAGCCGUCCCAAAGAACUUCAUACUGAAAUGGCGAUAAUCUACAUGAAGCCAGAGCAGAACCACCGCUUGGCGUCCGGUCUAUACGAGUGUCCGACGUACAAGACGUUGGUACGUGCCGGUACGCUGUCCACCACGGGUCACUCCACCAACUACGUCAUGACCAUAGAACUGGUCACCCACAAGCCGCAGUCCCAUUGGAUCAAGCGUGGCGUUGCAUUGUUCUGCGCACUUGACUAUUAAAUUAAAGGUCUUAACUCAUUGGAGCCAUCCAGCACCUGAAUAACACCUCGCCUCGAGUGGUUAGUAUUCUUAUCCUCUAACAUCCGUAUUAAAAACGAUCUUCACUCAUCUGUGAUAAGUGAAAGUCGUUUUUAACAAGUGAAAAGUGUUUUAUAUCAAAUUUAAUACGUUAAUAAAUAUAUUGCGAGUAGGUUGCCUAAAAAUUUUCUGGCCAAACUAUCAUUAAUAACAAUUAAUAGGCAACUUACUCAUAACACAUUUUUCAACAUCCUAAUUUUGUUAUAUUGUUAAUCAAUCUUCAUCCAUUAAACAGAUGAGCGAAGGUCGUUUCUAAUUCGAAUCUUCUAUUAGUGUGUGCAUAUGCCGGCGACCAUAUAUGAACCGCGACCACCUGACGCUCACAAUGAAUGACACAUGGAAUUUAACCAUUGGCCAGAUGUCGGCAACUUGUGACCACCGAGGGACAAUACGGUACUGAUUCGGCGCUGGGAAGGCGCAAUGAGCAAUGAACUUUUAUCUAUUGCCAUCUAUGUUUAACGGUUCUUAGAUCCUAGAUCAAAA